AUGGUCAACUGGAAAGAUCCAUCUAACAUCCUCGCCGAACACCAGGUGGUCAUCAAGCUUUACCACUUUUUAUGCGGCGUAUACAUAUGGGACUACGUGGUCACUUUAUCAUUUGGUUGGCGGCUAAUGAAAAGUCCACGAGCUCGCAAGCCUGCACCGGUUGCAGCUAUCACUGUCGCUGUAACGUUGGCAUACCUUGCAUUGGCUUGUGCACAAGCUCUGAUCGUUCUACGAGGCUUCCCUAACACCAUCACGAUUAACACCGCACUUGCUGCCUCUAGCAUCGCUGUCUGGCUACACCACAUCCCCGUAUCUGUGUUGCUUGUCGCCAUCUGGCUAUUAGACUGCGGGUGGCAACUUUACAGCCUUAUCGCGGUUGCGCGCUCAAAACGAAACAUCGUCAAUGGGGCCUGUACCAGCCCUUGGUAUAAGACUGACGCUAGCCGAAACACGGUAAUCGUCGGACUGUCUACCGACUUUGCUCUUCUAUGCUUUGUUCUCGCUGGCUGCCUCUGGAAGAGAAUUCUCGAGCAGGGGAUUGUAUGGAUUGUGGUCGCAGCUCUAGCGGGACUCCCUGCGGCGAUUUUUCUGGAAUUAGAUCUCAAUGGUUCGUGGCAUGAGUUCGUCCCGGGAAACCGCACGCAACUGAUGACACGAAUAUGCAUCGAAAUAGAGCCUAUGGAUUCCAUGUUCGUCCUCUUCAAUAAACCAUUCAGUACACUGGUUUUUCCAAGCGGGCACGAACAGGUGGACGUUGAACAGAAUUCCGCGGGCAUACACAAUGCUCCUCUGGGUCUUGAGACUUCCGACAUUGACGGGUCAGCACUGUGA